AUGGCUUCACCUGUUCCUAGUGAUGAUUAUGUCAGUCUAGCAUUUGCAAUCAAUUUCCAAUAUCAGUAUGUACAAUUUCAAAAUAUAACACAAUUGUCGCAGUAUUACGUUAUCAACCAGGUCGCAAGAGAACAGAGAGAUGUUAAUAUCGAUGAGCGGAAAGAUGAAAGACUUGUGUUCUAUAAAGCAGCAGCGGAUAUGUUAGAAAUGAAAGGCAUGAACGGAGUGGACUGUGUAAAGCGUGCUAUUUGUGAAGCAGCUCAAUAUCCAAUGAAUGAAGAGGGUCUUGUUGGCGAAGUAAUUCACAUUUUACUAACACCAGAUUAUGGCCGUUCGCCGUUUGAAGAAAACGAUCCAGAAUGGUAUGAUAUGAUGUCUCCGUACAUAGAUGCAGCCACCGCUGGACGACAGAUGUUCAACUGUGCUUCUAUUUACAAUAACUGUCCUGAAGGUCAAGGUGUUUUGGAGUUGAUUUCCAAGCUGAGAGAUGAAUAA